UUGGCUGAACUAAAAAUUACCUUUAAGUUAUAACCACGAUUAAUAAACACGUUGGUGGCAACAUCUCUAACCGCUUUAAUAUAUUAGCAUUCAAUCUCGACGACUUUAGUCUGUUACAUGAAGAUAAUGUUUUAAAAAGCCCUUAACUGUUUUCAACCUCGACUAUCCCACCACCAAUCACAAGCCACGCUCCGGCGUGUUGCUAGGUAGAUUAUGUUAAUAUAUGCAAUGCAGCCAUCUCUGCAGCUACCAUUCUGAGGCGUCCCUGGCUGCCUCACGACUGAAGUGACAGGUGACGUGGUUGGCAACAGGCCUGGCAGCGUGCAGCCAUGGAAACCAAACAGGAACCCGCCGCUGUGUGGAGCCAGACGUCUAACAGUGAUUCAGGCAACGGCACUCAGGUGCAUUUUGAAGGCGGUACGGUGGCCCAGAUCGUGUACAGCGGUGAGCAGGCGGAGCGGGGACAGCAGCAGGUGGUUUACACAGCAGACGGGAACUCCUACACGUCUGUAGAGUCUGCAGAGCACACGCUGGUCUACAUCCACCCUGCAGAUGGCACGCAGACUGUAUUUGCUGAUCAGCCACAAGUGGCUUAUAUUCAGCAGGACGGUACAACACAACAGGUCACAGUUUUGCUUCCAAGUGGACAAAACAUGAACGCUGCCAACCUGCAUGUUCUCAGUAACGUAGCAGAGGCUCCCCAGGCCAUCCUGGAGCCAGUUUCCCAGGAGCAGCUGUCCAACUCGCUCCCCUCCAUGGCGGACAUGGCGGACCCUCCCUCCAGUCCCCUCGGGGCCACAGACUCCACAGACGACUCUGACGAAGACGAGGAGGAAGACUCUGAGAUGGAUGACUGGGAUCCUCGUCAGCCUCAGUCCUUCAACCCUCACAGCCUCUGGUGUGAGGAGUGUAAUGUGGCCAACCCCUCCGUGUGUCUGAAGCACGGCGCUCUGCACCCCAUCCCCAACCGGCCUGUGAUGUCCAAGGCCCGGGCCAGUCUGCCUCUGGUCCUCUACAUCGACCGCUUCCUGGGCGGGGUCUUCUCCAAGAGACGCAUCCCAAAGCGCACACAGUUUGGCCCGGUGGAGGGGCCCCUGGUCCCUCAGACUGAGCUGCAGGACCACUACAUUCAUCUGAAACUGUGCAUGCUGGAUGCAGAGAAAGACGGAGAGAAGUCUAAUGACAUGUGGUUGGACCUUUCUGACGAGGACAGCUGUAACUGGAUGAUGUUUGUGAGACCUGCUCAGAACCACCUGGAGCAGAACCUGGUGGCCUACCAGUACGGCUCUGAGAUAUUUUACACCUCCAUCAAGAACAUCCAACCCAAACAGGAGCUCAAGGUGUGGUACGCGGCAUCAUAUGCAGAGUUUGUUAAUCAUAAGAUCCACAAUGUUACAGAAGAAGAGAGAAAAGUGCUCCGGGAGCAGGAGAAGAACUGGCCUUGUUAUGAGUGUAACCGGCGCUUUGUGAGCUCUGAACAACUGCAGCAACAUCUCAACAUGCACGAUGACAAGUUAAACUCUGUUACCAGAUCCAGAGGCCGGGGUCGAGGGCGAGGCAGGAGGAGAUUUGGGACAGGAAGGAGACCGGGACGCCCUCCUAAGUUUAUACGUUUAGAUGCACCAGUAGACGACAAGACAACAGAGAUGCUGGAACUGACGGAGAAGCCGCUGGAUGAGCGGGCGGAGGGAGCUCAGAACGGGCUGAAGGUGGUGGAGAUGGAGUCGGAGGCAGAGGCUGGGACUGAACCAGAGGGCCAGCUUGUACCUCCUGCAGGGGAACCGGUCCCAGAGUCCGUUACCCCGCCCUCCAGCACGGAGCUGCCAGGUCCAGUGAAGGAGGACCCGGCACAGAGCAGCCAAUCAGACAGCCACCUCACAUCUCAGGACAUGCGGCGUGCCAAGAGGAUACGGAAUGCAGCGCUGCAGCACCUUUUCAUCAGGAAGAGUUUCCGUCCCUUUAAAUGCACCCACUGUGGAAAAGCCUUCCGUGACAAGGACAAGCUGGAUCAGCACCUGCGGGUCCACGGACGGGACGCCUACGCCUUUUCCUGCCACAUCUGCAGCAAGAGCUUCAUGAGCGACUCGGCGCUGGAGGACCAUCUUCUAGUGCACACGGAAAACCGCUCCUACUCUUGUCUCUUAUGCCCGGAAAGCUUUGAAAGGCUGGACCUGCUCAAAGACCACGUGGGGGUGCAUGCUGUGGACGGCUGCUUCACCUGUCCCUCCUGCAAGAAGACAUUCACUGACUUUAUCCAGGUGAAGAAGCAUAUCCGCUGCUUCCAUUCAGAGAAGAUCUUUCAGUGCCCAGACUGUGAGAAGGCCUUCUGCCGGCCAGACAAGCUGCGUUUGCACAUGUUGCGCCACUCUGACCGCAAGGACUUCCUGUGCUCAACAUGUGGCAAACAAUUCAAGAGGAAAGAUAAACUGCGGGAGCACAUGCAGCGCAUGCACAAUCCCGACAGAGAGGCCAAGAAGGCGGACCGGAACCACCGCUCCAAAACCCUCAAACUGAAGGUUCCCACCACCGACUUCGAGAGCUUCAUGUUCAAGUGCAGAGUGUGCAUGAUGGGAUUCAGACGGAGAGGAAUGCUGGUCAAUCAUUUGUCCAAGCGUCAUCCAGAGAUGCGUAUCGAUGAUGUGCCUGAGCUAACGCUGCCAAUUAUCAAACCCAACAGGGACUACUUCUGCCAGUAUUGUGACAAGGUCUAUAAGAGUGCCAGUAAGAGGAAAGCACACAUACUGAAGAACCACCCCGGGGCAGAAUUGCCUCCCAGCAUCCGUAAAUUGCGUCCGGCUGCUCCUGGUGAGCCAGACCCCAUGUUGAGCACACACACACAGCUGACUGGCACCAUCGCUACUGCACCGGUCUGCUGCCCACACUGUGCCAAACAGUACAGUAGCAAGACUAAGAUGGUUCAGCACAUCAGGAAGAAGCAUCCAGAGUUUGCCCAACUUGCCAACACCAUCCAGGCUCCUCUGACUACAGCCGUCAUCAGCAGUGCUCCUGCAGUCAUCAGUGCAGACGGAACCACAGCUGAGGCUGUAGUGACCACAGAUUUGCUGACCCAGGCCAUGACGGAGCUUUCUCAAACACUGACCACAGACUACCGCACGCCGCAGGGAGACUACCAGAGGAUCCAGUACAUCCCCGUGUCUCAGGCAGGAGGCAACCUGUCCCAGCCGCAACACAUUCAGCUGCAGGUGGUGCAGGUGGCUCCGGCUUCCUCUCCACACUCCCAGCAUCCGACAGUAGAUGUGAGCCAGCUGCAUGACCCUCAUGGCUACAGCCAGCACUCCAUCCAGGUCCAACACAUCCAGGUCAAUGAGCCCUCAGGCACUGGACAACAAGGAGCCACACAGGUCACCAGUCAGCCUCUCAGCCCCAGUUCCCAGCAGCCCACUCAGGAGCUGAGCCCCACCCAGCUGACCCCUGUGACUUUAGCUCAGAGCCACACCCUGCAGACCAGCGGCACCCAGCAGCAGGGCACAGUGCAGCACGCUUACAUACCCGGGAACUGGAACUACCGAGGCUACUCGUCUGAGAUCCAGAUGAUGGCUCUACCUCAUGCCCAGUAUGUGAUAGCUGAGACCAACACACCUGUUUCUGGGGUCAACAGCAACCAAGUGAAAACGACGCACUACGUCAUCUCCGAGGGUCAGACUGAGCUGGAGACCAAACAGCCUGUUCCUCAGAGCACAACCCAGGCCCACAGCGAACAUCUGGAGCAGCAACCGGCCAAUCAGCAAGCCACCACGCAGUACAUCAUCACCACCACCACCAACGGCAGCGGCACUAGUGAAGUUCACAUCACCAAACCCUGAACUGUACAGUGAUGAACUCUGCACACCCACAGACUGAUCCUGCAUGUAUACCUCAGCAGCUUGUGUGCACAUUAAUGAACAAAUACACAGUCAUACGCACAUGGAUACAGACUUGUGUACAUACAGUACAGAGCUGAAACGGGGAUGAAUUGAUAACCAGCACAGUUUUAUGUGUCGGUAAAGUGUUAAGACGUCGAAGCUGUUAAUUGCAA